AUGAAUGGUAGCAGCAGAUCAGCAUGGAGGAAACUAUGGGCGACAGAAGUUCCUCCUGAAGUCAAAGUGCUGGUAUGUCGGUUUUAUCAUGGAAUUGUAUCAUCUAUGUUGAAUCUCCAUAGAAGGAAGCUAAAUGUCUCUACGAUAUGCUUCAGAUGCGGAGAAACAGAGGAAUCGGUCCUACAUGCUGGCUUAAAUUGGUUGCAUGCUAAUAGAGUAUGGAGGCAGCUGGAGUUCAACCAAGAGUUAUGGAAUAACUUGCCUGAUGCCGCAACCUGGUCAGAUUUCAUCAAUGCCCAAGCAAGGCAGAAUAGUCAUUCGACCUCACUGCAAACGUGGACAGUGCCAAAUGCUGGAAUGUUGAAGGUAAACUUCAAUGGUGAGCUUGACAGCCAAAGACAGAAAGAUGGCAUAGGUUUAGUAAUUAGAGAUCAGGAUGGAGAAGUUCUCGGAGCAGCUGCAAUCCGAUUGUAUAAUGUCAAUGAUCUUUUCCAAGCAGAAGCCAUUGUAAUAGUACGAGCUUUGACAUUUGCACAAGAAAUGGGCCUUUCACUAAUAAAGCUAGAAGGAGACAGCUUGGCUAUAAUUAAAAAGUUUAAGGGAAUAGACAAGACCAAUCACUUAUCGGAAUCAUUAUAG